AUGUCGAUGGGCAAAACCGCACUCAUUAUAGGAGCGAAUCGCAGCAUCGGAUUGAGGCUCGUGAAAGCGCUGCAAGCCCGAGGCUGGACGGCAACUGGCUCCAUAAGAGUGUCAAGCAAAGAAGACGAGUCUGUGAAAGAUUCCAUCAUCAAUGCUUCCAAAGCCUUUGGAUCAGGCCCGUUGGAUUUACUAAUCAACAAUGGCGCGGUUGGAACCCAGCACCUCAAAUGGGAUGAGCAUACUUCCGAAAAUAUGAUGAGACUAUUCAGCACGAAUGGACCGGUGCAAGCGAUCAAGCAUUUCUAUCCAGGGUUGAAACGCAGCAAAUUCGCCAAAGUUAUCAACAUAUCUUCUGGUUCUGCUUCUAUCACAAACAACAACGGGAUGAAUCUUGGCUACCGAGUCUCCAAGACGUCCCUCAACCAGCUGACCAUGACAAUCGCAAAGGAGGCACGGGCAAAUGGUGACAACAUCGCCGUUGUGGCUGUAUACUCUGGUCACCUGGCAACUCGCAUGAGCGGCUUCAGUUUCAGCCAUGACAUGGAAGAGUACAUCAAUGGAGUGGCGAAUUUGAUGGACACAAUCGAUAUUUCUGAUACAGGAAGAUACAUCAACUGGAAGGGGGAAACGGUACCAUGGUAG